AUGGUGACAGAAGAUACAGAUGAAUCAGUAGCAAAAGAACAACUAUCUAAAAGUGAUUCACAAUACUGUUCUCGAUGCUAUCCGCUAAUUUUUGGCGAAAAUAUGUGUGAUUUAUUCAAAGGAUUUCUAUUGUACGUAUUUAGUUAUUCGUUGUGUUCGAGAUUUAUUAUAUUAUUAUUGAUACUACAGGCAGCUGUAUUAUGGCUUGGCUAUUCAUUAAAUAUUGUCGUGCAAGUUUUAUUUAUACCGUUUUUAUUUUCGAGCGUUAAUUCGAAAAUUACCAGUGGAAUUUUUCUCGGAUGCAAUCUUAUAUUGCCUGGUAUUAUAGCAUUUUCAUCUCAUUAUUUUUGGUUUGUUAUACAAUUUGGCUUUUAUUGUUACACAAACAAUGAAACAACAAACAAUAACAAUCAUACCGAUACUAUGCUAUGUUUUUUUGGAAAAAAAAAUAUUUAUCGAUGUUUGAUUACAAUGAGUAUGGUUAUUUACAUGAUAUAUCGAAUAUUGAUGCUGAAUGAAGAUCUUUUUAAAACACUUUUUGCAUCAUUGGGUCUUUUCCCAUUAUUUCUGAUGGGAAUUCUCCAUGUUCUGCAUUUAAUUAGUAUGUGUUCUUUUGUUCGAAAAAGUACUAUCAAGGGAGCAGAUUCAAGUAUUUCUUCAACGAGUACAACUGAGAAUGAGGAUACACAAUAUUUUCGUAUAUUUGCAGUACUAACAGUUUUGACAGUUGCUUACAAUGAGCGGCAAAACCAGAUUUUUGGUGUAAAUGUAUUGUGCUAUAUAAUUAUCUGUCUUUUAUACUCGAUUUAUAUUUUAUUAUUCAUUAAAACUCCAACAGAAAUUAUUCAUACAGGUGAACAUGACACAUGCCGAUUACGAAGAAAUCUCUCAAUUAAUGAAUUAUUCGAUUCAAACGUGAGAUGGAUUUUUCGAAAGACUACUCAAAUAUCAUUAUCACUGAAAGAAAACGAACAGUUUCAUACAUAUAAAUUGUUUAUAAUGAUUAUUCUGCAUGUUAUGCUGGUAUCAUUCGGCUCUGUUUCGACAUAUUUCUAUCAUGAAAAAAGUCGGUAUAUCAUGUUUUUUUUAAACAAAAUACCAAUUAUUCUUUGGUUGCCACCAGUUUUUAAUGAAAAAACAAAUCGAUCAAUUGUUAAUUUUCAAAUGUCUUUAGUAGCAGUUUUAUUAAUUUUCAUGAAUUUUAUAUCAGCAGCUGUUGCCGUGCUUUUAUUGGUUUUCAAGUCAUUUAGCAACCAGAUGCCACAAUUGUUCUUAGUAGCUAUUUUGAUUUACGCAGUCGCAUUUCUACAUUAUUAUUGGCGAUAUUGGAUGCAAUAUUCAUCACCUUCAUUGGCGUUAAAACGUUGGAUCAAAAGCCAUGAAUCAACUGGAAUUUAUAUCCAAGCAUUUUCAAUAGUCUUUAUUAUUUUGUCUUUAAUUGGUUGUUUGGGAUUCAGUUUCGCAUGCUCUAUCUAUGUGGAAAGCCUAAACGAUCAAACCAAUUCAGAAUUAUAUCAAACUAAAUUAUUCAAAAGCUACGAAAAGUCCAGCGACAAUGAAAAGCAACAGUAUAAAAUGCAAGCAUGCUAUUGGAACUUUAAUGGUUUCGAUAUUCAAGAUAUGACGCUCUUUGCUUCAUUAGCCUAUUUACCAACAAGAGAAUUAAAAUCAGAACUAAAACGUUUUUAUCCCAAUAAUCAAUGUGUGUUUGUCGAUCAAUUUCAUAAUUAUCAAGAAUACGGUCAUGGAGAAAUAACUUAUUACACUUUAGACACAUCGAAAGCGGUUAUUGUAACAAUUCGUGGUACAACAUUAUCCUAUGAAUGGCUUGUCGAUUUUGAUACAUGGACAGAAUCAGCAAUAAGUCAAGUCGUUUCGGUUCUAUUUCCAUGGUCUAGAUUGUAUCCUCGUGGUGUUCAUAAAAUAAUGGUCGAAAAAAUGGCGUUAUUUGAAGAUUUUUUAACUUAUAGACUACCUGAAUCGUCAAAGCGUUUUUAUGUUAAACAAAUGAUAAAAAUACUACAACAGAUAAGUGAUAAAUAUAAAAGUAAACCAUUGAUAUUGGUUGGACAUUCACUUGGUGGUGGUUUAGCACAGCUAGCAGGUGUUGCAAUGAAUAACACGGUAGCGAUUGUAUCUAUUAGUGGACCAGGUAUAUCCUAUUCACGUGCAAAGUAUAGUGAAACGAAAGAUAUUUUGAUGGAAACGAUUGAUGCUCGGGUGUUCAAUAUUAUUCAUGAUCGUGAUAUUGUUCCAUGGGCUGAUCCACAAGUUGGGCUUGUUCAAAAGAUAACCUGUCCCAAAGAAUAUAAUCGACUUCAAUGUCAUUAUGUUAACCCAAUAUUAUGUAAUUUAUUGAAAAGUUGUGGAAAUCAAAAAAAAUUUCAGCUAAGUGAAGAGUUCUGUCGACCAUAA